AUGGCAGGACAAGCUGCUGGAAGUGUAGCAGAACAAGUACUAUCCGGUAUAAAAACUGUAGUAGCAUUUGGUGGGCAAAAAUUUGAACUUGAACGUUAUACUGCGCAAUUAGAACGCGCGUAUAUUAUGGGAAGGAAAAAAGCAUUUGUUAGUGGUUUAG